GUCUCCAAGUGAGUGGGACGGUUGCUAGGAGCAGGCAGGAAGUAGGGAGGCGGGGGUGACAGAGAUGCUGGCAGGUGGUGAGAGUGUCUGAGGUAGAAUGUCUAGUCCCGGCCGCUGUCUAUGGUUCCUCGCCCUGACCCUGGCGGUGUCCCCGCUAUUUGGGGUUUCUAUAAAGAAGGAGAUGGAGGACACCAUGGAGAAGUAUGACCGAUACUACAACCAUGAGGAGCUCACCUCUCGUCUCCAGUCCCUCGCCCAGGCGUACCCGGAGCUGUGCCGGCUCUUCAGCAUCGGCCAGUCGGUGGAGAGCCGGGAGCUUUGGGUGAUGAGGAUCACUACUGACCCCCAGGGGGCCCCGCCGGACCGGCCGCAGUUCAAGUACGUGGGGAACAUGCACGGCGAUGAGACGGUGUCCCGGCAGGUGCUGAUCUACCUGAUCGAGGAACUGCUGGGGGGCUACGGGCAGGACCCCCGCCUCACCCGCCUCAUCAACACCACCGACAUCUACAUCCUACCCAGCCUCAACCCAGACGGCUUCCACCGGGCCCAGGAGGGUGACUGCCGGGGGGAGAACGGGGGCCGGGAGAAUGCCAGACACCUGGACCUCAACCGCAACUUCCCCGACCAAUUCAACUCCAACCGGGUACCGCCCGACCCCCAGCAACUGCCCGAGGUGCAGGCCAUGAUCACCUGGAUCCGGAGCAAUCGGUUUGUGCUCUCUGGAAACCUGCAUGGUGGCUCAGUGGUGGCUAGCUAUCCCUUUGACGAUUCCAGCUCUCAUCAGGAGACUGGCUUCUAUAGCAGAUCCACAGAUGACAAAGUGUUCCAGUAUCUGGCCAGAGCCUAUGCUUCAAACCACCCCAUCAUGAAGACGGGUCACCCAAAGUGUAAGGAUGAGGAAAAUGAGGCUUUCCCUGAUGGAAUCACUAAUGGAGCCCACUGGUAUGAUGUUCAAGGUGGAAUGCAAGACUACAAUUAUAUCUAUGGAAACUGCUUGGAAGUGACGUUUGAACUGUCGUGCUGCAAGUACCCUCCUGCAUCUGAACUUGCACAGGAGUGGAAUAAUAACAGAGAGUCUCUGCUAGCAUUUAUGGAAAUGGUCCACAUUGGAGCACAAGGAUAUGUGAAAGAUGUUGUUACUCUGAAAGGGAUUGAGAACGCCACAAUUUCUGUGUCGGGGAUUGCCCAUAACAUCACAACUGGGAAACUAGGCGACUUUCAGAGAUUGCUAGCUGCUGGGACUUACAAUAUCACUGCUUCAGUCAUAGGGUACAUACCACAAACUAUAUGUAAUGUUGAAGUUAAAGAGGGACCAGCAACUGUGCUUGAUUUCCAGCUUCAUCCAACUGUUUCUGUUUCACCCCCCAAUAACUUGCCAGACAGUACUGGCACCCCUGCACCUGCCACAGAGCCACCAGUCACUGUGAAACCUGAGGACAACCAUCAAGUUCAGAAAUCCUUCCAGCCUGAGGACUUUCGCCACCACCACUAUUCUGACAUGGAGAUCUUCCUGAGAAAGUACAACAGUGAAUAUGCCAGCAUUACUUAUCUGUACUCUGCUGGCAAAUCUGUGGACUCACGGGAGCUGUAUGUGAUGGCAAUAUCAGAUAACCCAACCGUCCAUGAGCCAGGUGAGCCUGAGUUUAAGUACAUUGGCAACAUGCAUGGUAAUGAAGUUGUAGGACGGGAGCUGCUAUUAAAUCUUAUUGAAUAUCUCUGCAAGAACUAUGGGACUGACCCUGAGGUCACUCAUCUGAUCCGUACCACCAGGAUCCACAUUAUGCCCUCCAUGAACCCUGAUGGCUACGAGAAAGCCCAUGAAGGGGACAGUGAUGGAAUAAUCGGCCGGAACAACAGCAACAAUUACGAUCUUAAUCGUAAUUUCCCAGACCAGUUUUUCCAGAUCAUGGACCCUCCACAACUGGAGACACUGGCUGUAAUGAGUUGGUUAAAGAAUUACCCGUUUGUUCUCUCUGCUAAUCUCCAUGGAGGUUCCCUUGUGGUUAAUUAUCCAUUUGAUGAUGACGAGAAAGGCUUGUCUAUGUACAGUAAAUCCCCAGAUGAUGCUGUGUUCCAACAACUGGCACUAUCCUAUUCCAAGGAAAAUAAUAAAAUGUUUACUGGUAGUCCAUGUAAGGAGAUCUAUCCAAAUGACAAUUUCCCUCAAGGAAUCACCAAUGGUGCUGAUUGGUAUAAUGUUCCAGGUGGAAUGCAAGAUUGGAAUUAUCUCAACACAAACUGUUUUGAAGUGACCAUUGAGCUGGGCUGUGUGAAAUAUCCUGUGGCGUCGGAACUUCCAGCUUACUGGGAAAACAACCACCAAUCUUUGCUGUCAUUCAUAAAUCAGGUACACAAAGGAAUCAAAGGAUUCGUGCUUGAUGCCACAGAUGGACGAGGGAUCUUCAAUGCCACUAUUAGUGUUGCUGACAUUAAUCAUCCUGUGACUUCUGAUAAGGCUGGGGAUUACUGGAGAUUGUUGGUCCCUGGUACAUAUAAAGUUACAGCCUCUGCCAGAGGGUAUGUUCCUGUUACAAAAACCAUUAAUGUCACAGAAGGAAAUGCUGUAGUGACAAACUUCACACUCAUCCGCUCAGGAGUCGAUAUGCACAAGGAAGACCAAAGGAAAAUGUCUCCGGUAGAACCAGAAAAGUCAGACCCCAACACAAAGGAAUUUGAGAUGCUAAUCAAGGACCUUUCAGCAGAAAAUGGUCUGGAACGCCUCUUGCUGUCAAGAUCAAGUGACAUAGAUCUGUAUCGCUAUAGGUCUUAUCACGAUCUUUCUGAAUCACUCCGUGGGCUGAAUCUCAAUUACCCAAACAUUACUAAACUUACCAGAUUGGGUCAGAGUGUUGAGUAUCGGUACAUUUGGUCUCUGGAGAUCUCCAACAAACCAAAUGUGUCUGAGCCAGAGGAGCCAAAAAUCAGAUUUGUUGCCGGAGUCCAUGGCAAUGCUCCAGUGGGCACGGAGUUGCUCUUGACAUUUGCAGAAUUUCUUUGCUUGAACUAUAAGAAGAACAGUGCAAUAACAAAGUUAAUUGACCGAACAAGAAUUGUUAUUGUGCCUCUUGUAAAUCCUGAUGGCAGAGAGAAAGCAGCAGAGAAAGAUUGUAUCUCAAAAACUGGACAAAACAAUGCUAAUGGCAAGGAUCUGGACAGCGAUUUCAUAAGUAACUCUUCUGGUCCUAUUGGCGAGAGGGAAAAAGAGACCAAUGUUAUUAUUGAUGGUUUAAUCUUGAAACAGGAUUUCACCCUUUCUGUAGUUUUGGAUGGUGGCUCUCUGCUUGUUACGUAUCCUUAUGAUAACCCAGUACACACCGUAGAGAACAAGGACACUCUGAAACAUUUGGCUUCUGUAUAUGCAACUAACCAUCCUACAAUACAUCUGGGACACCCAGGAUGUCCAAACAAGUCAGAUGAGAAUAUUCCUGGUGGAGUGAUCAGUGGAGCAGAAUGGAGAGGACAUCAAGGCAGCAUGAAGGAUUUCAGUGUUACUCAUGGUCACUGUCCAGAAAUCACUGUGUACACUAGUUGCUGCUUGUUUCCUGCUGCUGGGCAGCUGAAGUCCUUCUGGACCGAGAACAAGAGAUCCCUUCUGGCCAUGCUAGUUGAGGUACAUAAAGGUGUGCAUGGUAUUGUAAAGGAUGAGAAGGGAAAACCUGUCCCUAAAGCCACGAUCAUCUUCAACGAAGGAGUAAAAGUCUACACUAAAGAGGGAGGAUACUUCCAUGUUCUGCUUGCGCCAGGCUUCCAUAAUAUUAAUGCCAUUGCAGAGGGCUACCAGCAGCAGAAUACUCAGGUUCAUGUUCGACAUGAUGCUGCCAGCUCUGUUGAAAUAAUCUUUGUCAUGGAUAACCGUAUUUUUGGACUCCCCCGGGAGUUGGUUGUUACUAUUGCAGGGGCCACAAUGACAGCCUUGCUCCUUAUGGCCUGCAUUAUCUGGUGUGUGUGCUCUAUCAAGUCCAACAGACACAAGGAUGGAUUCCAUCGGCUGCGGCAGCAUAACGACGACUAUGAGGAUGAGAUGCGUCUGAUGUCCGCAGGAUCCAAGAAAUCCCUAUUAAGUAAUGAGUUCCAGGAUGAAACGGACACAGAGGAAGAGACACUGUACACCAGCAAACAUUGAAAGCACCAAAUUGCCAGGACCCAGUUGCACCAAGUAUGAGACCCAGUUCUCCCCACUCUAGGGAAAAAUUCCUGGUUUGGCUUCAGCAACUUCCUGACGUUCAUACUUGCACAUUUUGCCAUUGAUCUUCUUUGGAACUACUUUUAUGUUUAAGUGUCCUUUUAUUUUAUUUUAAUUGAUAUUAUUAUUUUUGUGUGUUUGUGUGGAUGAAGACUAUUGUCUGCUAGCAGAAGAACGUGAAGAUUGAAGGAGCCGAACAAUGGUGGAUUGCUAGUGGAGCCUUAUUUAACGCACACUUUACUGCUCAGCAGCCAUUUUAUGUUUGUUAGGAUCUAUUGCAAUAUUCGGCAAGGUGCUUUACUGAGCCUUUGUACUUCUUCCUAUUAUGACAUCUCCAUAGCAGAACAAUAUGACUGUCUACGUGAAAGUGAUGUCAUCUUUAUUGUAUUUGCUAACUGAUUGGGAUUAUUUCUUGACCAGUGUUUUUUUUUUUUUUUUUUUUUUUUUUUUUUUUCAUAUUUUAUGCCACAAAACAUGAAUGUCUCACAUGAGAACACUCAUUCAAAAAUUCAUAAUGGUUGCUGAAUGUCCUAAAAAUCCCAAAAGGUUGUGAACCUAGAGUGCAUUCAUAACACUUGGUUCUCUUCAGAACAUUAUAGUUAUGAAGAUUCUAUGGACAAUUAGGUACAACAGAACACCAGCUUUCUCUAUAGGCUACUGAAUUGUCAGCAAGCUUUCCCAUUUACCACCACUUGCCAUUUUCAGCAAGGUAGAAAAAAGCACAUUUCUCAGAAUCCUUUGCUUGCUUUGUUCGUCUAUUCAAUGAAACAUAGCAGGUGUGUUCUUCAUUACUAAAAGCCAAGCUAAAUAAUGCACUACUAUUCCUUAUGUGGGAAUAAAAUAUUUCUGCCUAUGUAUAAGCGAUACAUGAAGAGGCAUCAUAUUUCUCAUAAAUGAGGAUGAGGCCCCAUGUUUGUAGUCCCUACAUAUUGUGGGUUUGAUCAAGUUACCUGUGUUUUUAGAUCUGCAAUGCUUUUUUUUUUUAUCUCCUUGUCUUGUUUGUGACAAAGGUAAAUCUUUGAACUCGUGUUCAGUUUGCUAAGAUAGCUGCCAAAUCCACUGCCUUAUACUGUCCUAUACAGCUUGGAUGGGAUUUGUCACUCCUGUCCCAUGCAGUAAUUGCUCAUAUACUUUUUCACUGAUUGUUCUGAAAAUGCUAUUGGCCUUUGAGAUUUUAUACGUAUCUAUGAUCUUGUUACAGGUAGCAGUUCUGUCCCUGGGCAGGCUGUUGUAUAUUGUGAACUGGUAGCUUUUGGGCAUACAGUAUGGAGAGAAAUCAUUUUGUACACGCUGAAGUCUAUUCUUCUAGUGAUUUUUUUCACCAACUUGGUUUGUGAACAGACGUCUUAUCUGAUCAUGAAUUAUACUGGCGUGAUCAAAGGUUUUGUUCCUGCAGCUCUACUGUUCCUCCCACUAUUUGAGGCUUUAAGCUCUUGAAUGACAUGCAGUUUUCACAUUGCUGGUAAAUUUAAAGCAGCACAGUAGGCAAACAAAUGUCUGAUCCUUAACCCGGCCAUAGGCAGAUCAAAAUUAAACUGGUUGAGCAGGAACCAGCUGAAUUUUAAUCCAUCUAUGGGAAGGCUGGCUGUAAUGCAGUUGUUCUAACAAUCAACUUCAGCACAACCUGUCUGUUUUUUUCAUUGGAUUACUGUGGCCUGCUAUAGCAGCCAGCAGCUGUAAUUGUUUUCUGACAGCAGGGAAACCACCUGCUGUCAUAAUACAAUAGUGCAGUGUUGAAGGUGGAAUCAAGUUAUUUUCUUUCCUUCAACUUGUGGUUUAUGGCCUGUCUUAGUCUGCUUAAAGAGUAACACUAUUGAUUAGUGUUCCAUUGUGUAGAUUGAGAACAGAUUUAUGUCUUUUGCAACUUCAUGUCUGUAGGUGUGCUGAUCUAUCUAGUGACUUCUUUACAGUCUUUCCAAGUCACCUUAGCUUAUAGCGCCCUUUAGCUGUUGUAUCCCGCCUAUAGACGUCUGUGCGGAGUCUUCAAUAUCUGGUGGGGUAAAACUACAGUGUGGAGCAGGUAGCGUAAAGAGCAUGGACACAUGACUUCACACUAGGAGAAUAGGCAAACCAAGAAAAGAUUCUUCUUUAACACAUUGAAUGCUUUUGGUUACUUUCAAUCUAACAUGGACUUUUUAAUUACAUAAAAAGUGGUACUAUAAUCUUGUGCAGAUAUAAUGCACAAAUAUGCCAGUAAACAGUACAGAGUCUCCAGUUACUUACAAUGCCACGUAAUAAAAGGAUAGGUCGAUAUGCUUAGCCAGCCAGUGCUUAAAAACAGGAGUAUGGAAGCUUUGGUGUCAGAUCAAGGCAGUGAUUAAUGGAAGUGUGAGGUAUUCUCAAAUAUCAGGAACUGUACAACUGCAAGAGGAUGUCUGCAUUUGUGUCAGGCCAAUAUCAGCCAGUUUUGUUAUUUCUAUAGUGUGUCGAAGAUUUAGACCAGGGGUGUCCAACAUGUGGCCCAACACAAAAUUGUGAACUUGUGAAUGUUGAUUUAUUUUUGGGGGUGUUUGUAACGGACACAUUUAGCCAAAGAAAAGUUUGACAAUGUCUCUUUACUGGACCUUAUCUUCCCAAAGAAAAAUAUCCCACUCUUCACAAUCGCACAUUAUUCAUGUCUUUUGUUUUCGAAGGCAACUAUUUUCAAGGAUGAAGCCCACAAAGGGCAAAAUAUCUGAUGGGCACCUUGAGAGUUCAUUGAGAAUUGUUACCACAUCCAUUGCACCAGAUAGUGAUGCGUUAGUUUUAUGUUGACCUCUUUUACUUUUAUCCUAAAAAAUAUUAUUAUUAUUAUUAUUAUUAUACAGAUAAAUUAUCUAUAUCGGUGAUCGUUGGCUUCUGAUCUGCCUGACUUUUUUUUCUUCUCAUCGGCUAUCCUAAUUGUUGGUGUAGUCUAUGUGUGGCCCAGGAAGGUCAGAAGGUUGAACACCCCUGGUUUAGACCUAAUGUCAUUUUUUUUUUUUUUUUGCUGGCCAUGAACUGUUUGGGAAAAUGUCUUCUUGCUUUCAAUCCCUGUAAAGUCUGUCAUCAGGACAAAAAGACACUGUGAUUAAAUCUGAAAUGGCUCACCCUACCCUACUGAGAAAUAAAGUGCUCUUUACCCCCACUGGGGAGAUGUUACAUAACUUACUAUCCCUGUGACACCCUAGGACCAAGACAGAAAAUUAGGCAAACCUCAUAAGACAUGCAAUGAAACCUGACAUGUUUGAACAUUUUCCCACUUUAUUCAACGCUUCAAAGGAAAAAAAAAAAAACUUUUUAGAAUAAUCAUUGAUGUGUUAGCCACUGAGUUGGCCCUCCGAGCGCAAUUUCUUUUUGUGAUAAAGUACUGAUCUGUCUUAUCAAGCCCUGUGAUGGGGAGGAUACAAAUAUAAGGAUGUGCUUGCCCUGCUCUCUGUGUAAGCAGUAAGACGCACACUUGUGUUUUAGCUAUAGUAAAUUGAGACAGGAUAUUAUUUAAAAUGGAAUUUUUAGACUGCAGAAUAACUAGAGAUUCAGUACAGUCUACUGUUGGGCUUGUGCUACUUAUGACAGCGCAUGGUGAGGUAAGAGACUGGCAAGCACCUUACUAUAACAAAGUACCACUUUAAGUUGAGGUUUUGCGACUUACACGCUAACCCCCCUAAUUUAGAAUAUCAUAGUUGUCAUGCCACCCCCAUACUGUAUGCACGCCUUGUAAAGGCAUUUUGUCACAAAUCAACUCAUCUGUCUAAGAUUCCUUUUAAUGGAAACUUAUUAAUCCCAUUCUGCUCUUACAUUUUAUAUAUUUGACAGUGGAAAAAAAAAACUGAGGCCGUGCAGUAUUAAGGGUUUCUCUCAAUAAGGCACUCUGGAUAUGUAUUUUCUGCCCUCCUGUAUCAAUAUGUAAUAACUCCUGAAGUGCCUUGUUGCAGCAAUUGAAGCAGUGGAAGCAUAUGGCAUUGGUCAAAACAAUGCUGCAAUACCUUACCAUGGGGAUUAAUACAGUGACUCCAUUGAAAGUGUUAAUUAUGCUUUAAAAACCCUCAUUACCUUUAGUUGAAGUUUGGAUGAAAACCUAAAUAAUGUUGUUAAAUUGGUAAAAAGAUGAUGGUAUGUAUUGCUUUUGUGCCUGUAAAGAGCAGCCCAUUCUACAUGAUGUCUUUUAUGUUUUCACUUCAUUUUUUUAUAUUCUCAUCCUUUUGUGGUAAUAAAUACAGGAUGCAUA